CACUUUUAAAAAUCAAAGUUAACCUAGAAAAUUUUUGCAACAUUUCUUGGAAACACAUUUUGACGGGAAUUUCGCAAAAUUGUGCUUUUUAGGUAGUUACAGUGCAUUCAAGUAGUCCAGGAUGGUGAAGGCACGACGUGGGAAGAAGGAGCUGGCCAAAGAUGAGGAAGUGGAGAGUGAUGUUGAGGUUCAGCAGAAUGCUGCAGCAUCCUCAGACACUGAGGAUGCCUCGAGGAGCCGGAAGGUGAGGAAGGAGAAGAAGAAGACGGUGAAGGAGAGUGAGUCUGAGGAGGAAAACACGAAGAAAUCGACAGUUUCGGGAAAGGAAAAGGGUAAGGGAUGCAAAGAUGAGUCGGAGGAGGACGAUGAGGAGGCUGUCAUUGUGCCGGCCAAGGGGAAGAAGGCCAAAAAGGGUGGAUUUGCCCUGCUAAAUGUUGACUCUGACAAUGACGUGGACAGCGAGGAGAAAGCUGAAUUGAGUGAAGAGGAGGACGUUGGGAGGAAAACAAAAGGCGGGAAGAAGGGUAAGGAGCCCAAGAGGCAGGGUAGUGUUGAGGAGGAGGCACCUAGAGAACCCCAGGGUGGGAAGAAGAGCAAAAAGUCCAAGAAGAAGAGGAAUGAGGAUGAUGAGGAGGAUAUUGAGAAGCUUCUGGCAGAGUUGCAGAUUGAAUAUGCUGGAGGGAAGCCGGCUGGAUCCUCCGAGGGAGUAGCCGAUGGGGAAUCUCAGGCUGAGAGGAAGAAAAAAGUUGCAGGUAAAGGUCGUGAUCAUAAGCUGAGUUUCUCAAAGCAAAUUGAUGAAGCUCUUGAUGAUGAUUUCAAUGCAGACAAUGAUGUGGAAGAGGAAAUGGCAACAGUGAAGACGGCAGCGCAGAAGAAGAAGGAGAAGAAGGAAAGGCAGAAGAGGGAGGCAGCUCUGGCCAAGCAGGUACCGAAGGAGCCGGAAAAAGUUGAGGAGGAAGCACCAGUUCCAGAGGAUCCUCAGGGAGACGAGGAAGAGAAGACCAGCAAGGAGGAUAAGAAGAAAAAGAAGAAGGAAAAGAAGGAGAAGGCAGAAGCAGCAGAGAAGGCCAAAGAACCGGAAAAGGGGAAGAAGGGACCGAGUAAGCAUCUUGUGGCUGCGAUGCAGGAGCGUCUGAAGAAGCUGAAGGAGGAGGAGGAACGGGCAAAGCAGGAGGAGGAAGAGAGGAUAAGAAGGCUGGAGGAAGCUGAGCAGCAGCGCCAGGAAGCACUGAGGCAGGAGCAGGAGCGCAAGGAGAAGAAGAAGCAGAAGGAGAAGGAGCGCAAGGAGAGGCUCAAGGCUGAAGGGAAACUCCUGUCUGCGAAGCAGAAACAGGAAAAGGCACGAGCUCAGGCAAUGCUGGAAGCUCUUAAGGCUCAAGGAGUUGAAGUCCCGGAGGCAGGAAAGAGAGCUCCAAGGCCGGGAACACGUGUCCGGACGAAGAAGAAGGACCAAGUGGCAGCCGAUGGGGAGGAGAAGAAGGAAUCAUCGCCGGAUGAGAAGCCAGAGGAGCCAGAAGUUGAGGCAAAGCCUGAGAAAGAAAAGACUUCUGAGGAUGAUGUCAAAGACGCCUGGGAUGCCACAUCCUCAGAAGAUGAAUCCGAGGAAGUGAAGCAGGAGGCAAAAGUUGAAUCUCAAGUCAAGGGAUCGGCUUCGGAGGAGGAAGAGAGUGAGGAGGAAUCUGACGAAGAAGAAAGUGAUUCUGAGGAGGAUUCCGAUGAUGAUCACCGGACAGAUGCCGAACGGAAGAGGGAGAAAGCAAGAGCCAGAAUUGAAAAACGUCGGCAGGAAGCAGAGAAAAAGAGGACAACAGACAAUCUCCGGGCAGCUGUGGUUUGUGUCCUGGGCCACGUAGACACGGGAAAAACCAAGAUUCUGGACAAACUCCGUCGGACUCAUGUCCAGGACAGUGAAGCUGGUGGAAUUACCCAGCAAAUUGGAGCAACAAAUGUCCCAAUCGAUGCCAUAAAGGAGCAAACGAGAUUUGUCCGAGGAGCCUCAGAGAUGGACUUCAAAUUGCCAGGAUUGCUGAUUAUUGAUACCCCUGGGCACGAAUCCUUCAGCAAUCUCCGGAGUCGUGGAUCAUCUCUCUGUGAUAUUGCCAUUCUUGUUGUGGACAUAAUGCACGGCCUGGAACCGCAAACAAUUGAAUCACUGAAUUUGCUAAAGGCUCGAAAGACGCCAUUUAUCGUCGCCUUGAAUAAAAUCGAUCGGCUGUACGAUUGGGGUACGAUGGGCAGGAAAGAUGUCCGGGAUGUGAUCAAAGGGCAGCCGGAGAAUACUCAAAUUGAGUUUCAGAAGCGCGCUAAGGAGGUAAUCACGCAAUUUGCAGAGCAAGGAAUGAAUGCUGCUCUCUUCUAUGAAAAUCCCGAUGUCAAAAGCUAUGUCUCCUUAGUGCCCACUAGCGCCAUCACGGGAGAGGGAAUGGGAAACUUGUUAUACUUGAUCGUGGAAUCCUGCCAAAAUCUCCUCACGCGUCGCCUCAUGUACAGUGAGGAUCUCCAGGCCACGGUGUUGGAAGUUAAAGCCAUCCCUGGCCUGGGAACCACUAUUGAUGCCAUCCUCAUUAAUGGGAAACUCCGCGAGGGGGUGACGAUGAUCCUGGCGGGAACUGAGGGGCCCAUUGUAACUCAAAUACGAUCUCUGUUGAUGCCGCAGCCACUGAAGGAGCUCCGAGUGAAGAAUGCCUACAUUGAGUACAAGGAAGUUGUGGCUGCUCAGGGGGUCAAGAUUGCUGCCAAGGAAUUGGAAAAAGCUAUUGCUGGACUCAAUAUGCUUGUUGCUCAGAAACCCGAUGAAGUUGAUAUUCUCAAGGAGGAAGUGGCCAAGGAGCUGAAAUCUGCUCUCAGCAGUAUUAAAUUGAGCGAACGUGGUGUUUAUGUGCAGGCUUCGACGUUAGGAUCCCUGGAAGCUUUGCUGGAAUUCCUGAGAACUUCCAAAAUACCGUAUUCUGGCAUACGAAUUGGUCCCGUGGUCAAAAGAGAUGUUAUGAAGGCGUCAACGAUGCUGGAACAUGAACCACAAUAUGCAACAAUUCUUGCGUUUGACGUGAAGGUAGAGCGAGAUGCUCAAGAUUUGGCUGAUUCGCUUGGCGUAAAGAUAUUCCAGGCGGAUAUCAUUUAUCAUCUCUUUGAUAAAUUUAUGGCCUAUCGUGAAGAAUUGAAGCAGAAGAAGAGAGAUGAGUUCAAAAGUAUUGCUGUCUUUCCCUGCAAACUCAAGGUGCUGCCACAAUUUAUCUUCAAUUCACGAGAUCCAAUCGUUGUUGGGGUGAUGAUUGAAAAUGGGAUUAUAAGGGAAGGAACUCCAAUUUGUGUGCCCAGCAAGGAGUUUGUCGAAUUGGGCAUUGUGACGUCCAUUGAAUACAAUCACAAGCAGAUCGAAUCGGCGCGAAAAGGACAGGAAGUUUGUAUAAAAAUCGAACCAAUUCCAGGAGAUUCACCCAAAAUGUUCGGACGACACUUUGAUGAGACUGAUAUGCUUGUUAGUAAGAUUUCGCGACAGAGUAUCGAUGCCUGCAAGGAUUACUUUAGGGAUGAUCUUAUUAAAGCUGACUGGGCUCUGAUGGUGGAGCUCAAGAAGCUCUUCCAGAUUCUCUAGAGAAAAAAAUCUUUUAUUUCUUUUCUUUUUGAAAAUAUUCCCCCUCCACGUACUUUUGCUCUUUUUUUCAAUUUUUUUUUUCUGUGAGCAAAAUCCUCCUGAAAAAUCUUAAGGUAAAACACUCGAUUUUUUAAGGUGUAGAUUUUUGUUCUUGUGACAUUUUUGAUGGUGGUUUGGAGAAUGCAGAAGUCGAGUGAAAAUUUGUUAAAUUGUAUGAACAUUUUUGUAAUUACUGUAAAACAAUUGUAAUUGAUAUUUGAAGAAUAUUGCUAUAUUUUACAUGAU